CCCCUGGGCGGCCGGGGUAAGUGGGUAAAAGUGUUGGGCAAGGCCGCGGCAGGACGCAGAGUGGGGCGGGGUGGUGUUGAUUUGCCUAAGUGAAAGGAAGAUUAAUCGGAGCCCCACACAACAGCUCUACGCAUGCGUAAAACGGGCAGGCUGGAAGCCCAGAAAGCCGAGCGUGCGGCCGGAACGGGGAGAGGAGCCAGUCACUUCCCGGAAGAGGCGGGGCCAUGUGCGAGAAGUUGCUAAAUUUGAAGUGCUCACUGGAGUUUUCCGGGUCGGGGUGCUACGCCCCGAACGCUAGUCUUUGAGAAAGGAAGGGGAAAGCUUUUUCUUUUUUACUUUCUUUUAAAAAAGCUUUUUUGAGAAGAAAACAUUCAGGAACUUGGAGGCAGCAAUAGUUAGGGUUCACGCCAAACUGGUUAAUGACGGAGAGGCAUCUUCCAAAUCCAAAGAGAAAGGGCUUUUCCGGUUUUUGAAAGUGUGUUUCAAAUAACAGCAGAUAAUAACCAGAAUGGGAGUGAAUGACUUGUGGCAAAUUUUGGAGCCUGUUAAGCAACACAUCCACUUGCAUAGUCUUAGUGGGAAAACGAUUGCCGUUGAUCUGAGUCUCUGGGUAUGUGAAGCACAGACAGUCAAAAAAAUGAUUGGAACAGUCAUGAAGCCCCACCUCAGGAACUUAUUUUUUCGUAUCUCAUACUUAACACUAGUGGAUGUAAAACUAGUAUUCGUUAUGGAAGGGGAGCCCCCAAAGCUGAAAGCUGAAAUCAUGAGCAAAAGGAAUCAGAUUCGAUAUGGGCCUUCUGAAAAAACAUGGUCCCAGAAAACAGGAAGAUCACAUUUUAAAUCAGUCUUAAGAGAGUGUCUCGAACUGCUGGAAUGCUUAGGAAUUCCCUGGGUCCAAGCUGCUGGGGAAGCUGAAGCCAUGUGUGCGUACCUCAAUGCCAGUGGUUAUGUGGAUGGCUGCCUCACCAAUGAUGGAGACGCUUUCCUUUAUGGGGCCCAGACUGUUUAUAGGAACUUCACUAUGAAUACCAAGGACCCACACGUUGACUGUUACACAAUGUCGUCUAUCAGAAGUAAACUAGGUCUGGACAGAGAUGCUCUGGUUGGACUAGCAAUACUACUAGGCUGCGAUUAUCUUCCAAAGGGAGUCCCUGGUGUUGGAAAAGAGCAAGCAUUAAAACUUUUACAGAUUUUGAAAGGGCAAAGUUUACUACAGAGGUUUACUCAAUGGAAUGACAAAUCUUGUUACUCUAAUCAACAACCACUAGUUAUUAAAAAACUGGCUCAUUGUUCUGUGUGUUCCCAUCCAGGUUCACCUAAGGAUCACAAACGGAAUGGAUGCAAAUUAUGUCAAACUGACCAAUCCUGUGAACCUCAUGAUUGUGAAUCCUGCUGUCCUUGUGAGUGGCACCGUACAGAGCAUGAUAGGCAGCUGGUUGCCGUGGAGAACAAUGUCAGGAAAAAAGCUUGCAGUUGUGAGGGAUUCCCGUUCCAUGAGGUUAUUGAAGAAUUCCUUUUGAACAAGGAUAAAUUGGUCAAGGAAAUCACGUACCAAAGACCUGAUUUGUUAUUGUUUCAGAGAUUUACUCUUGAAAAAAUGGAGUGGCCCAAUCACUAUGCAUGUGAGAAAUUGUUGGUGCUUUUGACCCACUAUGACAUGCUAGAAAGAAAGCUUGGUAAAAGGAACUCUAAUCAACUACAGCCUAUUCGAAUUGUUAAAAACCGGAUCAGAAAUGGAGUUCACUGCUUUGAAAUAGAAUGGAAAAAGCCUGAACAUUAUGCUAUAGAAGAUAAACAUGGAGAAUUAGUUCUACAAACAAUAGAAGAAGAAUCAUUAUUUGAAGCAGCUUAUCCCGAGAUUGUUGCUAUUUACCAAAAACAAAAGUUAGAAAUUAAAGGGAAGAAACAAAAAAGCAUGAAAACCAAGUCUAAAGAAAACAAUUUGCCAGAAACAGAUGAUAUGAGUUUUCAAUUACACAUGACUUUAAAACCCACAUGUGAAAUCUCUUCUAAGUUAAAUUUAGAAAUUUUCCGUGAUUCUACAUUACCCCAGAAAUCUAUUUCUGCAUCAUUGAAUAGUUUGCUUUUAUCUGAAAAUGCUUCCGGUUUGAAUACACAAGAACAGUUGAUGUCUUCUUCAAGACCUUUGGCUCUGCAGCAAAUUGAAGCUGUCAAUAAGUCUUUGAUUUCAGAAUCUAGUCAACCCCAUACCUCACCCUGUAAUGUAUCCGCGAUUGCUGAUCUUGACUUGAGCACCAUUGACUGGGAAGGUACUUCUUUCAGUAAUUCUCCAGCUAUUUCAAGGAACACUUUCUCUCAUGGUUUCAAGUCAGAACUUGAAACACCCAUCCCUAAUAACUUUAAAAAUACCCCAGGACAAUUGUCCUGUGAACCAAGCUGGUGCACCACACACAGUAAUAAAGUGUUGGGUUGGGAUCUUCGAAAGACUAACCCUGAAGAGCACCUGCUUUCUGGCAUCACUGACUUACAUCUUCAGGAUUUGCCUUCAAAGGAGCGAAUGCUUAGAAACUCAUCGCAUCCUCAGGAGAAAGUACAACCAGAUGUUGACCUGAACACUUUGUCCCUGCUUACAGUCAAAGAAUCUUGUAUUGCUAACAGUAAUUCUGAUUGUCCAUCACAUCUUUCAAAGAGUCUUGUAGGAAUUUAUUUGCAAAAUGAAUCUACAAACGGUCAAAUUCUAAAAGGAGACCAGCCAUUUCAAGAAAGCUAUAAAGUGAAUACUUCUAUACCUUAUUCUGUCAGUAAUGUGAUAGUAGAGGCCUCUAACAUUAGAGCUGGACCACCAAAUACCUUUUUAGAUCAGAGAAGAAAAGUUGAUGUGCAGACCACUCAGAAAUUUGUAAUGAAGAAAAGUGUUUGCCUUGACAGACACUCCUCUGAUGAGGAAAGUGUCCCAGUGUUUGGGAAAGCUAAGAAUGCAACUCAAAAAAUGAAACAGAGUUCUCAGCAGCAUAAACCAGCCCAAUUCAAGAAAAAGGAUGUCAACAAAUCGAGUAACCCUCAGAUACAUAUUAAGAAACCUGAACAGUACGUCCAGGCUUAUAAAACAGCUAGAAAUGAAGAAAACUAUUUCCCAGAUGCAGGGACGGGUUCUCUGGGUUUUCAGCAGCGUCAUAAGGAAAACGACGAUGCUGAUACCUGUUUGGAUAGUCCUCUUCCUUUAUGUCAGAGAUUGAAACUAAGGUUCCAAAACACUUGAAAUUAAACUAAAAAUAUGGAAGUGUAACUUAUUCUAGUACCAUCAGUAUUAGCAGAGGUAGAGGGAAGGUAUCCAAUUAAUCUUUAGCAGAAAAAUGUAAUGUCAGGAGACACUUUUGCCAUUUUAAUUAAAAUUGUAAUUUUAAACAGUUACUUAAAACUUCCAUUUUAAAAGAUGAUCCUUGUGGUGGAAACUUUAGAUAAUGUAUAUUUUAAAAACAUUUUUGCCAUUUUUUAUAUCUUUAUUCGUGAUUCUUUAGUUAUAGCUUUAAAAUGUUAGUAUAGCACUAGGCAGAGUAAAUGUUUCAUCCUUUUGCUCAAUUUUACUCAUUUCUUGCACAAGCCUCCGAAGUAUUUAUUUAUAUGUCAGCUUGUUCCCAAGAGCAUAACUGUUUAUAGUUGCCUGCACUGUCGCAAUGUCUUCUGUUAUGCUUUUCAUGGGAGUUAUAUUUUCUCUCAAUGUGAAGAUAGUUUCAGUGGAUCCUUUCAUUUUGGGUAACUUUACUCUCUCUUAGGGGAAAAAAUGGAAAAGGAGUAAGAUGAUAAAUAUAUAGAGAGUAAAAAUCAUGCUUGUAAUGCUGAAUAAAUUAAAGAAAACUACUCUUUACAUAUCCCCAGAAGGUAACAGUUAUGCUAAAUUGAAAAAAUAAAAAAUAUAUAUAUAUAGG